AUGCAUAGUGUGGCUAGAGAGAAUUUACAGUCGUAUUUACAUGCAUAUAAACAUUCGAAAAGGGAGGUGAGAUUUAUUAUUUUUUUGAAAGAGUCGAAAUUUAUUUGAAAAAAAUUGGACUAGACUAGGAAAACUAGGGAAACCGGAGAAAAAUGUACUUUCAAAAAAAAUGGUGUUGGGUCAUUUUUCAGAGAAUUUCUAGAAAGGGCUUCAAAUUUCGAUCCAGAAUUCAGAUGAGCAUUUUUUAACUACUAUUCUGAAUGUUCCAAAUUUCUCCUCAAAAAAAUAAAGAAUUUUCAGCCGGGUAUUCGAUUGAUGCACAAUUGUGAUGAAGAUGACCAACAUCGAAAAAGAGUCGAAUAUUUUUCAGCGCAACGAGCUUUGGAACAUGCAAAGGUGAAACAAAUUUUAGAUGAAACAAAAAUCACAUUUCUUCUUUUUUUUACUUGUUUUCUUCCACAUUCAAAAAGUAUCAUUCACAAAGGAAAAAAGAAUGAUUCAUCGAAAGAGUGAGAGCAAAUGUGUCAUUAGAAACCAACCGACAAAAAGAACUACUAACAACUUUCAAAUACUUGUAUUAGGAAGGAAAAACGGAAGUAGGGGUUUUUGUGCAAUUAAUUCCAGCAAAUUUUCAGCGGAAACACGUGGCAUUUGCAGUUCAAGCUCAACGAGAUUAUGAUGGAACUGUUGAUGAAAAAUCGCCAAUGAAAGAUUUUACAAUAUCUUUCAAGACCAAUGAUUUUAUUCAUAUUCAUCAGAAAUUCAAUUCGGAUUGGUGGAUUGGAAGAAUUGUGAGAUCACAUUCAGAAUUUGGAUUUGUUCCAACAGCAAAAAGAUUAGCAAAUUAUAUGAUAACAACAGAAGAUCAACCACCUCCAAUAAAUGAGCAACAUGUGCAAGAAAAAAGUAUUUGGGAACCAAAAUGUCCAUAUCGAGUAGUUCCAAUAAGUCGACCAAUUGUUCUUCUCGGUCCAACAAUGCAACAUUCUCGCCUAACUCAAUUAUUACAUUUAGCAUUACGUGAAGAAAUAUUGAAAUAUUUUGGAGAUAAAAUGAAAUAUGUGAAAUCGGAUAUUGGAAGUGGACAACAAAGAACUGGAGGAAGAUGGUUGAGAGGAUUAAGAGAAUCUGAAUAUGAAAAAUGUCAGGAUGAAAAUGUUGAAGUUGAAUUGAUUAUGAGAAUGACAUCAAAAUUGAAAUUGUUAUUGGUUGAUUCACCAAAUAUUCAUACUCCAGAUGAUGUUCAACAUUUGCCAUUGGCACCUAUUUUCUUUUUGAUAAGAGUUUCUGAUCAAAAGGUUUGUAAGUUACGGAAUACAAUUCAUAAAUUUGACCUUUCAUGAAAAACACACCGAACUAAUUUUUCAAAUGUGUUCGCUCGUUUGAAACUUAUGUUCACGAUUUUCAAAUCACAAACACUUAGAUUCUAGAUACUGUGUCAUCUUCUUCGAAAUACUGGAACAACUCGAAUGGCUGCAGACAUCGAAGUAGCAAAUAUGUUGAACACAAUGAACAACGAUCGAGUAGGUGAUGAAGAAAUGGCUGGAGUGAGACCUUUUCUAUUUUUUUCCAUAUCAAAAAAUUCCAAAAAUCCCCAAUUUUCAGUUCGAAAUGGUUAUCGAAGAAAAUGGUUUGAAAGAGGCAACUUGGAGAAUCAUUUCAUAUUUAGAAAAAUAUCAUCAUGCUUUGCAUUAUCAUCCUAGAUAA